UGUUAUAAUUCAUUAGUCUGUAAUAAUUCUUGUUUUGCUGUAUAGAAAUGUAAUCAUUAAGGACUUUUGACCUCUCAAAUGUAAAUAUAUCUUCAUGUCUUCCCUUCAGACAAAAAACCAUUAACACUGGUAAUGGGUUGUUCUGUAUACCCUUCAAAUACUACCGAAACUUGCUUCCCUGCUUGCUUUCUUGGGUGAAAUUAGUAAAAUGGCAGAAAAACUUGCAGCAUCAAGGCAUUUCUUCAAGGUCAUGAUACCUGGUUUCCAGCAAAAACUGAAUUUGCCACCGGGUUUUUGCAAGAAGCUAAAGAAAGAGAAAUCAAGAGAGGCAAUAGUGACAAGUGGGAAAGGAACAUGGAAGAUGAAGGUGUGCAGAAACGUGGGAGGUGGGAUGAUGAGCUUGGAAGAUGGAUGGGGUGCGUUUGUGUGUGCGCAUGGGCUGAGUGUUGGAGACUUUGUUGUGUUUGAACACACUGGUCAGCUGCAUUUCAAUGCUUUGGUGUUUGAUCCCAGUGCCUGCGAGAAAGAGUUUCUUGUUGAGUUCAAGAAAGAGCAUCGUCAUCAAGACACUGCUAACACCAGGAGGAAAUCAGGUCAUGUUUCAUACCACAGCAAAAAACCACAUUUCAUCCUCACAAUGAAACCUUAUCAUGCUCAUAAACAAGGCAGAGUGACGAUCCCAGUAAAAUUUAUGAGAUCAAAUAAUCUGGAGAAGAUCUCAAGUGUAACUUUAAGAAGCCCUGAUCACGAGAGAAGAGCAUGGAGUGUAAGAGUGUUGGUUGAAGAAACUCCUAAUCUCCGGGGCAGAAUGGACAGAGGCUGGCAUGACUUCUACGUAGCCAAUAAGCUCAAGGAUGGAGACGUUUGCGUUUUUGAACUCAAUCGUCGUCUUUCUCGACGUCCCACAUCUGUUUCAUUGGACGUUAAGAUCUUAACGACUCUCGUUUAAGACAUGCGUGGAUCCGCUCACCUCCUAAUUCUAUCUUGUUCUUGCAUGAAUAUUCGUAGGAGUCGAGUUCUCACUUUUUGUCACUGACUAGGGUGUCCUGUCUUAUGGUAGUUGUUUGUCAAUGCUGUAUUCUUAUUUUGCCUUAUAAGUCCUGUCUGUUUUGAAUCAUUUUCUUGGUGUUGCUCAGAUUCGUAUGCCUUAAUUUCAGAUUGCUUUUGACGGCAAGUUUGAAAGCAAAUCUAGUUUUGUGAAAU